UGGAAUACAGCAUUGACGGGGUUCGCCAAAUCACAUAACCCUAAAAGUCAGUUACCUAAAGGCGUACAUCUACGUUCCGAUUCACACACAUUGGCAAUCUAUGAUGGAUAUCCAAAAGCAAAAUUUCACUUUUUGGUCUUACCAAGAAUACCGUUCACCUUGGACCAAGUGAAUAACAAUCUAGCAGGGACACAAUCGUCAUCUUCUUCGCCUGCAUCAAAACCAGCACUUAGGUUGGCAGGUGGGAAGUUGGCUUUAGGAAGUUCUUCAAAAGGACAAACCGUUCCUGCUUCACAUCUUCACAGUUUGAGCACCUUGCUUGCAAGUCCAUAUGCAUGGGAAGUGUUGGAGAAAAUGCGAAAACAAUGCGAGUCAGUCGUACAGCUGAUCAAAGAAGAGAUGCGACAUUUUCCUUUACCCGACCAACUUCGUACUGAUGCCUCGAACGAUGAAACUUGUCAAGUAGAAUGGGGUGUUCGGGUAGGCUUUCAUGCCGUUCCAAGUAUGGACACUGUUCAUUUGCACGUCAUCAGUGAUGAUCUGGUCGCGGAUAGAUUGAAGCAUAAGAAGCACUAUCAAUCUUUUCAUCCAACACAUGGAUUCUGGCUAGAUUUAGAUACGAUUCAAGAACUUGUUCGACAAGGAAAGAAGAGCUUGCCGCAUUCUAAAGAUCACUAUGAAUCUCUGCUCAGAGCACCCCUGGUCUCUUUUCGUGACAAUAAAACAUAUCCUAAUAUGCCUAAAAUGAAAGAUCAUCUCGAACAAGCAUGGAUAGAGGACUUGAAGAAGAAACGAGAGAAG